AUGGGACACCGUUUGAUUCAACACUGCCUUCACCUGGGAUUGAAACCUCUACAGCUGGAAACACAGAUUCUGUUAAAGAUGAACUUGAGAGGUAGUAUUCAAAUUCCUGUGAAUUCAACCCCACUUGAGAUCCGCCCUGCGGUGAGUUGCAUUGACGCCGCCACCACCACCAGCACCACCACCACCAUCACUGCUUCCAUCACCAUCCCCAGUACUGGCUCACCGUCACCGGUCAAGGCCUCAGAUGAUGUUGAUGCUAGCAACGCCGGCGCCUGCAGCAGCAGUAAAAAGAAGACUGUGGCUGCCACCCAGAUACAGGCAGCAUGGAGGGGCUUCUCACUCCGCAACAAGCUCAAGGCAGCCCUCUGCUUUGCUCAGAUGGCCUAUGAUGAGAACGAGAGUGAGUUUGGCGAAGAUAUUGAUUUAGGGGUCUUUGAGCUGGCUGAGGCCGACCUCGAUAAAGAGUGGAGUCCUCCUGUUGUUCCAGAGGUCCCUAAAAGAUUUUGGUUUUCGUCCACAGAUCCGCAGCAAAGGUUUGUCCUAUUCCAGAAGCUUAACGUGUUACCAAAUGUCCGAACUUCCCCCACGAAAACACAGCAGCAGAAGAGAGAUUAUUUAUUACAAAAUCACCCUCUUCAGCUCGAUCUCCCUCCAUCUCCAUCAAAGCUGCUCCUUCCCACAAACAGCACCGAAGACGAGAGUCAAGUGAAAGAAUGCCGAACCUACCUGUGGGUACAUACCCAGGUACCCAACCUCUGUGGGAAUGACUCCCAGCUCUCCAUCGGGGAUUCAGUGAUUGGUAAACCUAACAGAAACCUGGAGUAUGGCCAAAGCUACACUCAGUUGUCAUCCAUGGCACCCCUUGAUGUACACAGGGUAACCAGUGCAAGCAGGGGUCACGCUGUGGACCUUACCGACACCAGCAGCUUCUCAGGUUCAAGUCAAAGCCGAUCCACCGCCUCUGCAAAGAUGAAACAAGUCCAGCUGCCUCCAAUUCUUCCAUCACCGCUGUUUGUGGAAGCCCCGCAGGGCUGUGGGCAGCCCCAGGACAGCAACCACCAAAGCCACCACCACCACCGCCGCCACCACCAUCACCGUCACCAUUACCAUGGCAACAACCAGAAGCAGGUCCAUGAAGUGGAGAAGAGUGCUGGAUGGGGGUGUGGCCGUAGACGGAACAUGCAAAAAUAAUCUCAUUCUAUGUAUAUACAAAUAUAAAUAAAUAUGUGUGUAUGUAUAUAUAAAUAAAUAUAUAUGUGUAUAUAUAUAUAUAUAUAUAUCAAUUUUUAAAGUUA